CCGCCAUAGUCGUUUGAGGCAAGGAAAUUGGUUUUAAACAAUUGCAAAGAUUUGGAUAUUUCUUGCACCUGUGGGGUCAACCUGGUUAAUGUAUGCGUAAAAAAGCUUGGAAAAAUAUUUAAUGUUUGAAUGAUAAAUACUAUCUUCUGUGAUUUCGGGAAGUAAAUUCUACAAUCACUUUUUCCAUUAGUUUGCGUAAAGGUUUUUAAAUUUGUCCUCAGAGACUUUUUUGGAAGUUGUCAAACGGUAGAAUCUUCAUGCGAUCUCUCUUCUGAAGAAUUGUUGAUACAAUGGACAAGAACUUUUAAAUAACCCUUUUCUAGAUUAUUAGAUUUAUUCAUAGGGGAGUUGCGUGGGCUUCCAAGGCGACGGGAGACAAAACAGCAGUUACCGGCAAAGAGUUUUUCAUCCACCAUGCUGGCAAAGGACGGAUUAAAGCGUAAGUGAGGGUAAGCCCGCCUAAAGCCAAGAAUCUCAGAGACAACAGCUAUGAAGUCGAUUUUGCAACAGCACAUUUACGGCGCUUACAAAUUUCUCCGAAAUGUCUCAGAUGACGAAAGUGACCAAGAGGAAGAAGAGCGAGAUAAAGAAAAUAAUCAUGCCAUCUCGUCGAUAGAGGAUGACAAAAACAAGACAACUAACUUACAAACUUUUUGGAACAUAUUCAACGCUAACCAAGGGGUAGCCAUUUUGGCCAUGCCAUAUGUUGUGAAGAGCGGAGGAUAUGCAACCCUCUUCAGUAUUGUUGCUUUGGCUUUCAUCUCCAAUUUCACCAACAAGAUUCUUGUGCAGUGCCUGUACGAGUACUCGCCGGAACAAACCGCUUUCCGAGUCCGAAAUAGUUACGUGGAAAUUGGAGAGGCAUUCUCGCCGAAGAUCGGUCGACACCUGGUGAACGCGGCGCAGAUUUUCGAACAGCUCUCGUACUGCACUCUUCUGUUGAUCCUGUGUGGCUCCAUUCUCGCUUCCACCUUCCCAUUCGUUUCGCUUUAUCAAAGCCAUUGGACGGCGCUAGGAGCCAUGUUGCUCCUGCCAAAUAUCUUUCUGAAAUCUCUCAGUGAAGUGUCAUGGGUGAGUUUUCUCACAGUGAUGAUUGGCGAAAUCAUUUACCUGACCGUGACCAUGUACGGCGUGUUUCAUCACGAGCGCUGGAAUUUCGCAUCCAUGCCGGACUUCAAACUGAAGAGUUUCGGAGCAGCUGUCGGAAUCAUCGUGGUCAGCUACUCUUCACAGCCUUACAUGCCGGCGAUCGAAGGCAGCAUGAAGGAACCCCAAAAGUUCGGUAAUGUCAUGAGUGUCACUUACAUGGCAGUCACCUUUGUCAAAGUCGCCUUUGGCCUCAUUGGGUACCUCACCUUCACCGAAGACACAGAUCAGGUCAUUACUAAUAAUCUACCGGACGGGGGCCUCCACAUGUGUGUCAACCUCCUAGUCUUACUGCUAGCCGCUACAUCAUACACUAUACCAGUGUACACCGUGUUCGAUAUUCUAGAAAACAUCGAUUUUCCUUGCUGCAAGGUAGACAAUCCAAGUGCAACCAAAGACAAAAUUUCAUACGCCCAAGCGCUCGCCGCGCGCUUGUGUAUAGUUUCGUUCACUUUAUUCAUUGGAGUUUUAGUUCCUCAUUUUGGGUUGUACAUGGCUCUAGUCGGCAGUUUUACGGGGAUGUGUUUGGCCUUUAUUUUUCCGGCUAUUUUUCACAUGAAGAUCUGUUACGAUAGGUUGCAAUGGUAUGAUUUUGUCAUCGAUAGUGGGGUCGCAUUGUUCGGUCUCGUGGGAGCAAUAAUAGGCUGUCAUUUUUCUGUUUUAGCCCUCAUAGCCGAGUAUCAAAAACACGAACUUUGAGGACACACAGCCAUCCAAAUAUUUAUCCUAAUCUCCUCUUUACUUCAAAUUUUUCGAACAAGCUCAUUUCAUAAUUGAUGAAAUUUUAUUUUACAUCUGUUUGACUUGCACUUAAUUUUUUUUUAAAGUCGCCGCAAGAUCUCGCGGUUCUUUGGGGUGGAAAAAAAGAUAUUAUAACCAAAAUUGAUUUUUUUUUUUGUGGAAUUCAGAAACAUUUUCAGAUCAAAACAAACUAUUUUUACAACUACAGACUCACUGACCGCAAAUACGUAAAACCUUCUUGAACUUACCAAAUUGUUAUAAAUAAUUUAGCUGGGGAUUAAUAUGCCUCUGUUGAUGGCAGUUUUUAGCUCAAAACAUAUUUUUCGCGACAUUGUUUGUUCGAAGGCAGUUGAUACAACAAAUUAUUUUUAUCCACGUCGACGAUAAAUGUGUUGUCAAGUUGUUCAAAUGUAGUCUCUCGCAUAUCUAAAAAUUGUCUUCCCAGACACACUUUACGUCAUUUUUUUUCAAAUUAAUAUGCAGUCAAGCCUUCUUUUAAAGUUAUCUUUAAUCUUAUCAUGUGGCUUUUAUUGUUGUUGACAUUGUUUGUUAUAUAAUGAACAUAAUACGAAAUGGGAAAAAUCAAUCUGAGUCAUCUGCUGGGAGAAAUUCAUCUGUAUAAUUUAUCUAAGAGUGUAGUUUAUAUUUGUUGUAUAUUAUAAGGCAAAUUAUACAUAAGGAAAAUAAUAUGUAACCUGGGAACGUUAAAUAAAGGAAGAUAUAUCGUUUCAAACAUCUGUUAAUGUCUCUGUAGAAUUA